AUGGAUGUCUUCAGGCGAGCGAAGAUGAUGCUCCUUUUUUCGAACGUCGGCAUUGUGCUGGGCGUUGUAGUCUUCAUGGCCGGGUACUUCAGUCCUCCUCCGAGGCUGGCAUUUGAGAACGACCUUGAGCAGACUGGGUUGCAAGGAGCUGGAGAGGAGAAACGUUAUUCUCAGCCGUCUGCGCCCUUCGACAAAGUCGUUUUUAUGGUUAUUGAUGCGCUACGCAGUGACUUUGUCUACGGAGAAGACUCGGGCUUCAGCUUUACACAGAGUCUCAUCAAAUCCGGGUCCGCAAUUCCGUUCACUGCUCUCGCUGCCCCGCCAACCCUAACUCUGUCACGUAUCAAAGCCAUGACCCAGGGCAGCGGGCAAUCCUUCCUCGACGCAUGGCUCAAUGUCAUGCACUCCGCCGAUGCUAGGCGGCUCGUCGGAGAGGAUACAUGGUUGUCCCGCUUCAAGUCGGAGCGUGCACCGGAAAAGAAGAUGAUCUAUUACGGCAUCGACAUGUGGUGUAUGCUGUACCCGGAGAUAUGGGACCGGUAUGAGACCGUAGACUCGUUUUAUCUACCAAAUUUUAGCGAGGUUGAUAGCAACGUUACGAGGGGAUUAACAUCCGAACUCGACAAGGAUGACUGGAAGGGGUUGGUUCUGCAUUACCUCGGCCUCGAUAAUGCAGCUCACUUUGGGGGCGCUGGAAGCUCGAUCGUGAGAGCAAAGCAAGUCGAAAUGGACGAUGUGGUCCGCCAGAUAUACACCGCAUUGGAGGAUCUGCCCAUUCACGCCAACACUCUGUUUGUCCUAGCUGGCGACCACGGGAUGACGGACAACGGCAACCACGGGGGUGAUACACCGGCCGAGAUUGCUUCUGCGCUGCUCUUCAUCUCGCCCAAGUUUAAAUCUCUCGGAUACACAUUCACGAGCCCUCAGCCGCACAAUCCGGAAUAUAUCUACUAUUCUGUUGUUGACCAAGUUGACAUUGUCCCCACGUUGGGAACACUCCUGGGCUUCUCAAUUCCUGCCGGAAGUGUGGGUGUUGUUAUCAAGCAAUUGCUCGCACUUUUCCCGGACUUGAGCCAACAGGUGCGCGUCCUGAUGCGCAAUGCCCGGCAGAUGGUCAACCUUCUGUGCUUGAAACAUGGCUUGGAGGCACCGAUGCAGUUGGAUCUGUGUGACAGUGCCUGUCAUUGCGGUUCUAAUAGAGCUCAUCGCGUUCUGUGCCUAUGGGAAAGGUUGAAUUUCGAAGGCUCUGUGACAGCGCAGAGUGAGGAUCCCAAUACGCACGAUGCUGCCCGGUUGCUACAGGAGAUCUGCGUUGACGCCCAGCAAGUUCUUGGUGUGGCACACAAUAAUCUCAAUCUGCGUCGCAUGGCCACAGGCAUAGGCCUUUUGACUCUGGUGGUCUUCCUACUAUCAACACUGGGCUUUCGGGAAAGCGAGCAGAGUGCUCUCCAUCGGUUAAUGUCCGGAGCCGUCGUACUUUUCCAUGGUAUCACAAUGUUCUCUAGUCGUCUAGUGGAAGAGGAGCACCGUUUCUGGUAUUGGACAUCUCUGGCAUGGUUUGGGUAUUUGGGCCUCAGAUGGUUGACAGCAGGGACAAGCAGAGUUGGUGCAAUGUUCCUGCCUCUUCUUCACGUUGUCGGCCAAAGCUUGAAUCCCGCUGGGGAAACCCCGUGGGGAGCCGGCACAUACCUGCACAGCUUCCUCGAUGACAGUCCACUCUGGCUCUGGAUUCUGGCAGCGGGUGCGCAUGUACUGGCAGUGCGGACACUUUCCGAGGCUAUCGGCGUCGCCGUCGGGGUUGGAAGAUACGCCUCGACAUUUGGCGCGUGCUUGGUAUGCGGCUUGACGGUGCUUUUCAAGAUAUGCUCGACACAUACCUUCAACCCAGAGCUCUUGGAGUUUCUGCCUCCAUGGCUCCAGUCAAUCUUCAGCGAGGAGGUUGGAAACCUAGCCCUCUGGUCAUUGUGGAGUGGGCUACUGGCUCUAUGCAUCGUCUUGCUUGUCCGCCAUCGUGCAGGGACUGCCAGUGUGAGCCAGGCAGCUAGUCCAGCCAUCCUUGUUGGAAUUGUCGAGCUUGGCAAUGUAUAUCUGCGCGCACAAGCACGACCAAAGAGUCUCAUCCUCUUUCUAAUCUUCGACCUGCAAUUGCACUGCCUCCUGUCCGCCUUCUCCAAAGUCCAAACAGAUGCCUCCACAGUAUCCCUCACGGUCCUCCUCCUCACCCAAAGUGCCUUCUUCUCUGGCGGCCGCAGCAACUCCCUCGCCUCACUAGACAUGAUGAACGGGUACAACGGCAUCUCGCACACCGACAGCAUGCUGAAUGUUAUUCUCGUCUCGCUACAGACCAUCCUAAGUAACUGGAUUGGUCCGGUAUGGUGGUCGCUUGCUGGGCUGCGGCUCCUAAGCGCAGCAACCGCAUCAAAAAGUCGAGACUCCAAAAUGCGAUGCUUUCUGGAGUAUCUUACUUCUCAAACACUAUAUUCCGCGUUCAGUGCUCUUGCCGUGAUGGCGUCAUGUCUUUGGUGGCGCGAUGAUGGUGUUCUGUGGACGGUGCUCGCACCAAAGUAUGUCAAUGUUGCGCUUUGGGCUGGAUUUCACCAGUUGCUGGUUAAUGGGCUUUUGGGCAUGGCGUUGUGGUUUGGCGUUGCGAUGUAG